AUGACAGGCGAUGAGGCAUAUCAUGCAGAUUGCUUCCGGUGCAUACAAUGCGACACCAAGAUUGACGAUCUGGUUUUUGCAAAGACCUCCCAGGGCAUCUACUGCAUGCUGUGUCAUCAAGCACGAAAGGAGACCAAGCGACUGCGAGAGGAGCGUGACCGGAUGGAGCGCGCAGAGCGGUCGAUGGAGAAGCUGCUGCCAUCAAUACCAGGAGGACAGAAACGACCCCCAGAACCCAGCCGAUCACAGCCUGGCCAUCCGCUCCCCAGCACCUCACAGCGCACCAUUGCCAGCACUAAUACCGCACACAGCAACACCAGCAACACCAGCAACAACUACAUUACUGGCUACUCUAACGGCGGUCAUAUUAACGGCGCCUAUACCAACGGCAACGAUUCCAACUACACCAACGGCAGUCCGCGUCUUCCCUCUGCAGACAAUAGCUUUUCCCCGAGCCAGCAAAGUCCAGAGAUGUUAAAGGUGCCAGGUCCUAAGGGUCUGAGGCAUGACCAUAAUAGCAUAACAAAAUCCAGCAAGGUCACGCCAUUGUCGUCUAGGGCUGGAACGGAUAAGCGACUACCUGACUCGAAAGGAGAGUUACCCACAGUUAAUGCUGGCCCUCCAUUUUUACCGCCGCUGGUCUUUGGACUCGAUGAUGUCUCGACAAGCAGCUUUGAUCUCAGCGACAUCCUGAGCACCCCAGAUAAAAAGAACACAAAGGAAACAUUGUCAACUCCUCCGACACCUCCUACAAAAUACGCCGAUAUUAUCAAGUUGGAAGUGAACUCUGCGCUCUCUUCGGAUAGCUCUCGUCCCUCAACAGAGAGUGCAAACACAACCUUCUCAAAAAAGAGCAGGAGUACCAUUGAUCGUGUUGUCGACCCAACAUCCCCUUCUUCCGAGCAUGAUACCACGAGUUUAGCGUUAGCAGAGGCUGAGGCGAUGGUCAGAGAGCUGCGUAUGGAGCUCGCAAAGCACAACCCAAUGAGUCCCUUGCUCCAUGGGACGCCGCAGCAGGAAUAUGGGCAGCUACUGGAUAAAGUAAAGGCGCUGAAUCAGGAACAGGCACAGCUGGAAAAGUCGAUCCGUGAUAUGUGCAUUGAAAAGGACAUGCUUGCAAUGGACCUAGACGCCAUGAACGAGGAGCUAAAGGCUAUGGAGGAAGCGUUAGCGAAUGGCAACAACUCUCUCCGACCAGUCUCGGUUCAGAACCCUAGGAUGAGCACCAACCACGAGUUUAUGAAGCAAGCAUACUUGGUUGAGGUGAAAGCACUCCAACAACAAAAAGAAAAGCUGCAGAAGGAGAUCCAGACCUUUGUGGAGCAGCGGGACGGCGUCUUGAACGAGAUGCAGAUUCUGAGUGUCCGUAACGCAGAACUUUCGACCAUUAACAACGACAUGAUGAGGGAAAUGCAAGAACGAACGGAUCCCAGAUCAGGAGCUGGGCACUCGUCCUCCUACAAUAGCAUGCUCCAAUCCUUCACAGACAAGAUCAAACGUCAACGCCAGGCGAGCGGAGGAAACCAGAACGACUUGAGGGCUGGGCGUAUUUUGGGAAGCAACGAAUCGACACAUUCCUUCAACUCGGUCUUGUCAGACGAAAAUGGCCGUAGUCGACACGUCGGCGAUGCACACUCUAUACAUAAGGCUAGGCGAGAGAGCCGAGGCGACAAUGUCUAUGGCGAUGAGAUCAUGGCGCCCAAGAAAUUCAACUGGAAGAAGGGCACAACGAAUGCAGUGAAGAGCGUCGGAGCGAUGUUUGGCAAGUUACAGACGGAGAACUCGAGCUCACACCUCGAGGUCCCGAACAGUAAACAUGGACACGUUCUGUCGGAUUCCAGUAGUGCAGAUGGGCUGAUCUUGCCAUCUACGCGGACUUAUACCCACAACAGCGAGACGCGAUCCCUGAGCGGAAAAUCGACAGAACAGCACUUUUUCAUCCAGCAGAAUUUUGUCCGCCCUACCCGAUGCGAGUAUUGUGAGGAGAAGCUUUGGGGACGCGAAUAUAAGUGUCGCAGCUGCGGAUACCAAGUCCAUGGAAAAUGCACGCAUGAUGUCCUUCCAAAUUGCUCAGGACCAUACAAGGAUUCUGAUUCUUCCAGCCUACGAGGCAUAGCCUCCAGUGGCGCCAGCAACACUGACGCCCCGCCUGCACCCCCAAGCAAGCAGAUCAUGUUCGGAGCCGACUUGAUGGAGCAGUUGGAGCUCGAGCAAAGGAUUGUCCCGUUGGUGGUGGAAAAGUGCAUCGAAGCAGUAGAUGAGCGAGGACUGGAUGUAGAGGGUAUCUAUCGGCGCUCGGGAAUGGCCGCGGAAGCGAGACAGAUGGUUCAGGCAUAUGACAUUGGACUCCAGCCGGACCUCAUGGACACGACUACAUACCAGGACAUCUGUUCGAUCACCUCUGUUCUGAAGCAAUACCUCCGGAGUCUGCCCGAGCCUCUCGUCCCGUAUGGCUUAUAUGCCGAAUUUAUAGAGGCAGUCAGUCUCCCCCAGAACGAGUCCAAGCUCGCAGCAUUCAGGACGCUUUUGGGACGGAUGCCUCUGGCGCACUAUGAAACGUUGAAGGUGCUCUUGGAACAUCUGAAUCGAGUGAAAGCUCAGGAUAACAUCAAUCUGAUGAACGCCAAAAACUUGUCGGUGGUGUUUGGACCAACACUGAUGCGCAACCCCGACCCGAACAAGGAGAUCACGGACAUGACCUACAAGAACAUGACGAUCGAGUUCUUGAUCAAUUACACUGGAGAACUCUUUUUGCGCAACGAACAGCGAGUGUCGACGAACAGUAACAGCAGUAACACGACCAUGGAGAGGAUCUCAACAAGCAGUGCACAGGAGCGACCGUCGACCAGCAGUGCGAACACGGGUGUCAGUUUCGGCUCCAAUGCAUCUCCCUCAUCUUCGUCGUCAUCGCCGUCGUCGGCGCCUCGUCAGGCUGCGAAUGGCAGUGCAGGACAGAUGAGUCCUCCUCCGCGGCGUACACCUGCCAGCAUCGCUAAUGCAGGUUCACCACCGAUAAAUGGAGCUUCUGCAACGUUACCAUCACUACUGCCGCGUACUUCCUCGGGAGAUUCUGUGUCUUCGGUGGCAUCCCUGUCAUCGAACGGACCAUCGCAACAGCAACAACAACAACAACAACAACAACAACAACAAGCGCAGGCGCAGUUGCAGCCACUGCAACCACCUCCCCCGCAAAUGAUUUAUCAGCCCGUCUCACAGUACAAACCUCAGCCGAACCAGACAUUGCUGCAGCUUCAUCAAAAGCAACAGCAACAGCAAGCAUUGCCGCAGUCCCCUUCUUCAGGCACACAAGCGCUGGUGACUUCUCAGACAACGGCGACGACGACUACCUCACCGCCAAUGGGCCCCAGUCCUUAUCUUUACAAGCAUCAUUACCCAGUGACACCACAACAGCAACAGGCGAAUCCGGAGGUCGACAUGUCCAACUUUCCCUGA